AUGAAACUGCCCGUAGUGAUUUUGAUUUUAACUAUUUUAACUUUUUCGUCAACCAAUGGCAUCGCAAUUGAUGAUUUUCAUUGUAAAGUUCCAACGUGUCGAGAUUUUCAUUAUGGGCUAAUAAAAUAUCAACAACAUAAGCAUUAUGUUGAUGUAUGUUAUGAUACUGUAUAUACUUUACAAAGUAUACCACUAAAAUAUGGUAAAUGUAUUGAUAAUAAGACAGGAAAACUACAUCCACCUUGCAUAUAUGCAUUGGCUAACACAAUAAAAAGUUGUAUAACAAAAUUGAAUGGAUUAUCUGAAAAUGUAGCUAAGUAUUAUUGUGGAUAUACACUUAUGAAAUAUUGUGCAGUGCACGUUGGUCUUGAUCACAUUCCACUUAAAUUUGAUUAUAAGAUAUAG